CCCCAAUGUCCCCAAUGUCCCCAAUGUCCCCGCCGUGCAGGAGCUGGCGGCGCUGACCAAGGAGCUGAACGUGUGCCGGGAGCAGCUCCUGGAGCGCGAGGAGGAGAUCGCCGAGCUCAAAGCCGAGCGCAACAACACCCGGCUGCUGCUGGAGCACCUGGAGCACCUGGUGUCCCGCCACGAGCGCUCGCUGCGCAUGACCGUGGUCAAGCGCCAGGCCCAGUCCCCGGCCGGGGUCUCCUCCGAGGUCGAGGUGCUCAAGGCCCUCAAGUCGCUCUUCGAGCACCACAAGGCCCUGGACGAGAAGGUGCGGGAGCGGCUGCGGGUGGCCCUGGAGCGCGUGGCCGUCCUCGAGGAGGAGCUGGAGGUGUCCAACCAGGAGUCGCUGUCCCUGCGGGAGCAGCUCUCCCUCUCCCUGUCCCGGCGCCGCUCGGGCCUGGAGGACGCGGCCACCGACGGGGACAGCGCGCCGGGAUAG